UCGUGCAGCCACGUCUCGAUGCCUGAGUCAAAAGAUGGGGACGUUUGCAAGACAACAACCAUCUGCACGAACAGUUCGACGACGUUUGCAGCAGCAUGGACUAUCAGCUCGGAGACCGUGGCUGAGGUUACCCUUGACGCUGCAUCACAGACAGGAUCGCCUGCGAUGGUGUACUCAACGACGAAGCUGGGUGCACGAAUGGCAAAACGUCAUUUUUUCGGAUUAAUCCAGGUUCUGUUUACAGCAUCAUGAUGGUUGCAUCCGUGUUUGGCGACAUCGCAGUGAACGCACAUUGGAAGCGUGUAUUCGUCAUCGCCAUACAGGCGUAUCACCUGGCAUGCUGGGGUGUCAUUGGUUACACGUCUCGGUCACCUCUUGUUCGCAUUGACGGCACUUUGAACAGUGGACGCUACAUUUCAGAUGUGUUACCACCAGUGGCUCUACCCUUCAUUCGAUCCCUGCGAAACCCUACAUUUCAGCAGGAUAAUGCACGACCGCAUGUUGCAGGUCCUGUACAGGCCAUUCUGGAUACAGAUAUUGUUCGACUGCUGCCCUGGGCAGCACAUUCUCCAAAUCUCUCACCAACUGAAAACAUCUGGUCAAUGGUGGCCGAGCAACUGGCUCGUCACAAUACGCCAGUCACUACUCUUGAUGAACUGUGGCAUCGUGUUGAAACUAUAUGGGCAGCUGCACGUGUACACGCCAUCCAAGCUCUGUUUCACUCAAUGCCCAGGCGUAUCAAGGCCGUUAUUACGGCCAGAGGUGGUUGUUCUUGGUACUGAUUUCUCAGGAUCUAUGCACCCAAACUGCGUGAAAGUGUAAUCACAUGUCAGUUCUAGUAUAAUAUAUCUGUCCAAUGAAUACCUGUUUAUCAUCUGCAUUUCUUCUUGGUGUAGCAAUUUUAAUGGCCAGUAGUGUAUUUAACAGAUUUAGUAAGGUUAUCAGGCAAAGAUCCUGCUCCAGCAUCAGAUGACAAGGCACUUUCGAUUCUCGGGAUUACGUGUAGGGAGUAGUAAACAUCUGCUCGCCGUAUUGGGGUACGCGCGUACAGCGUCGCUUUGUUUUUGGAAGGCGGCGCUUGUGGUAUGUUUGUACAGUGACAGCGGCUGGGGGCUUGCCCGCUGAGGAAACACGUCACGAAGCGCCGCACUUAAGAUGCCGGCUGUGGCAGGAGGAGCCAGUCUGCUACGCACGCCGCUAUCAGAGACAGACACACAGCACGAUGAGCGACGCACGCAGAGUCCUCCUGUUGGUCGCCGCGGCCGCGGCCGCUGCAGUGGCCACUGGCCUUCCUGUGGUGGCGCCGCCUCCCGGCUUCGGCUGGCUGCUGCCGCAUCGAGCCCAAAUUGCUGGACGGCCUCCGCUGUCACCUCCACCCCUGGACCCUCACACCGUGUUCGUCCUCACACACGGCUACCCUGUUCAUGUACCGUGUCUACAAACAACAGGGGCUUCACCUGUACAGACUGGAAUCACUGCGGACUCACACAGGGCUGUAGCCAAGAAUCGUCAGACUGAGCCCGCUACGACUACGGCCACCACGAGAGCCGCGGUGUCCCCCACAGCCGCCGCGGACGCGACGACGAGGCAGCAGGGCCUGCUGAGCUUCAUCAACGUGCCGGACAUCCCGUGUCCUGAGGGACAGCGGCGGGACCCCGCGGGCAACUGCCGGGACGAGUGGUAGGAGGGCGGCCUCUGUAACAAGGACUCUGCAGGGAGACCACUGAUGGGACCUCACAAACGCAGUUAGUCUGUGCUGUGGCCUGCCAGAAUUUUACGCUUCAUCCUGUAUUAUAAGUUAUUGACAUGGCUGUGUUAUUGUAGUUCUUCACAAGUUGAG